GAAAGUUCAGGUUUUCUUCACGCAUGCGCACAUGGCUGUGGAGGUUCAGGGUGCGUGUGAUUGGAUGCCAUGAGUCACGUGGUUUAUUCUGAGCGACGUGUGCAACGUCACUUUUUAGCGCGUAGUUUGUUGGCGGAAAAGGAGCGAAUAAAGUUCAAAUCAAGCAUUUUUAUCCACCGUAACCUGAUAAAAACACAUUUGUUUUUCUUUUAAUCGAUGAGGACAAUUCACGACUGUAACAUGAAUUUAUAAAACGCUCAUUUGCGAAGCUGCUGCUUUUUACAACCAAGACGAAGUGAUGGAGCUCACUGAUACCAACACAGAAGGAUGUCUUAUAAAGUCUGACAGAGCUGCAAGAAAAAGAAAAGUCUCAAGAGAUGUGGAGCUGGAGAUCGAGCUCCUGUAUAAAGCCAUCCCACAGCUCCACAAAGUUUUCCACAUCAUCGACAAAAUAGGAGAAGGAACGUUCAGCUCGGUGUACCUGGGUGAAGCUCAGAUGCACGACGGGAGGAGAGAGAUGUUUGCACUGAAGUACCUCAUCCCAACCAGCCAUCCGACACGCAUCGCUGCAGAGCUGCAGUGUCUGACUGUGGCAGGAGGCAGAGAGAACGUGAUGGGGGUGACSUACUGCUUCAGGAAAGAGGACCGUGUGGUGAUUGUAAUGCCCUACAUGGAGCACCAACCUAUCGUGGACGUGAUCGGGUUACUAAGUUUUGAGGAAGUGCGUCUGUACAUCUACCACCUGCUGAAGGCCCUGAAACACAUUCACCAGUUUGGUAUCAUUCAUCGGGACAUCAAGCCAAACAACUUCCUCUACAACAGGAAGAGUAAAACGUACGCUCUGGUGGACUUCGGCCUGGCUCAGGGCACGGCUGACACCCGCAUCGAGCUGCUGAAGGUGGUGAGGUCGUCACAGAAGGGUGGAGGGUCCACAGGGAAACAGGAAGCUGCACCGCGGAGCAAAGCAUGGAAACCCACCAACACCACCUCAGCUUCUUUACCUGCUCUAUCUGUGCCCCGGCCUCCUUCCUCCUCCUCCUCCUCCUCUUCCUCCUCAGCCUCUGGGAAAACAGUGGCUAAAAAGGCCCGUCCUGUCCCCACUUCCUGCUCUCACUCUAAACCCACCAAGGAUUUGGCAGGACUGCGUAACGUUCCUCGACCUGUGUUUGGAGAGAGGAAUCUGAACAACUGCACAGUUCAGUCCACCAACAAACAGCCUGCAGCCAGGAAGGAGCAGGUAAAACCCAGAAAGACUGAUGAUCCAGCCCCCCGAGUCUCACUUCCUGUCAGGACUCAGAGCAGCAGUCAGAAGCCAGUGAAGGUGGUCCAGCAGGGGCUGACAUGCAGCUGUUACCUCACUGACAGAGUCUGCAACAUCUGCAUGGCCAGGAAACAGCAGGUGGCGCCAAGAGCUGGGACUCCAGGUUUCAGAGCGCCUGAAAUACUCACCAAGUGUCCCAACCAAGGCACAGCCAUCGACCUGUGGUCAGCCGGUGUCAUCCUGCUGUCCCUCCUCAGUGGGCGGUACCCGUUCUUUAAGGCCAGUGACGACCUGGUUGCCCUCGCUCAGAUCAUGACUGUAAGAGGAUCCAGAGAGACCAUCCGUGCAGCCAAGACCUUCGGAAAGGCGCUGGUGUGCAGUCAGGAGCUUCCUCGUCAGGACCUCCGGACGCUGUGCGAGACCCUGAGAGGAAGGAGGUCCUCAGGAGACCACAGAGUCACCCCGGCUGCAGAGACCACCUGUUCAGAGGUCCGCAGUGAGACUCCCACCCACCCAGACAGAGAACCCUCCACCCGCCUCUCAACCCCAGCAUGGGGCAGUGAGGAAGGCGAGGAUGAGCUGGGCUGGGACGCGGUUCCGGAUGAGGCCUACGACCUGUUGGAUCAGCUGCUGGACCUGAACCCGUCCAGUAGAAUCACAGCUGCUGCUGCCCUGCAGCACCCUCUGUUCUACGACCUGUGAGGCCCGUGUUCACUGGGAGGUUUGGACCAUUAACCCUUUAUUAAAGGGAUCCAUGAUUAGCUGUAACAUUAGACUUUGUUUAAUAAACAUUUAUUUUAACUGUAAAAUAAAGA